AAGCAACGCCACGCUAGCGUUCAACAGCUAGUUCGCGUCUCCUGCGCUGCUGGUGUUUCUCCUGCGCUCAGCGGGAGCCGCCUCUGGCUCGUUCCGGCGGUUUCGGGCGCUGACGGACGGACUGUUAGGACCAGAGUUCCGCUCUUGAGCCUCCGGGAUGUCGUUCCUGGAGAAGCCCGUCCCCGGCAGGCUGCUGCUGGAUGACACCGUUCCCCUGACGGCGGUGAUCGAAGCCAGUCAGAACCUGCAGUCCCACACGGAGUACAUCAUCCGUGUCCAGAGAGGUGUGUCCUCAGAAAACAGCUGGCAGGUGAUUCGGCGAUACAGCGACUUUGAUGUCCUCAACAGCAGCCUGUUGGUGUGUGGCAUCACGCUCCCUCUUCCGCCUAAAAAACUGAUAGGGAACAUGGACAGGGAGUUUAUAGCAGAGAGGCAAAGAGGACUGCAGGCGUAUCUGGACUCUAUUACCCAGCAUCCCCUGCUUUGUAGUUCCCAUUCUGUCAAAAAGUUCCUGGACCCCAACAACUACUCUACAAACUACACAGAGAUCGCCCUGCAGCAGGUCUCCAUGUUCUUUAGGUCAGAUCCAAAGUGGGAGGUGUUGGAACCUCUCAGAGACAUUGGCUGGAGAAUCAGGAAGAAAUAUUUUUUGAUCAAAAACAAAGAGCAGCCCAAAGAGAAAGAUCUGCUGAGCUGGGUGGACCUGGGUCCUGAUAAGUUCCUGUCAGACAAAGACCUGCAGUCAGCCAUGAAGCUGCUAACCGGCCUUUCUACUCCGUACCUUUAUCCACUAUUGUUCUCCAGCACCAGUGAGUCUUCAGCUCUGCUCAUCCGACCAUUUAGUGAGAGAGGAUCUCUGAAAGACCACAUCUGUAAGGUGAAGCCAAGAGAGAUUUACCUAAAGAAGUACUGUAAUCCCAAGAAGAGUCAGGGCCUUGAACUCUCUCACAUUAAACUGUACGGCCGUCAAAUCCUGGAGGGCUUGAAGCUCCUCCAUGACGGGGGUGUAUUUUACGGUCACCUCCAUUCGUCCAACGUGCUCGUAGACGAUGGCGUGUGUCGACUCAUGGACGUGGAGAACGGCAUGCUGGGAGUUCCUUCGAUGCUGCGGCCGGUUUUCACCCAGUUCAGGAAGAUUAACACCACAGAGAGCAUCGACGUCUUCUGCUUUGGACAUUUACUGUACGAGAUGACGUACGGCCAUCCACCAGACAGCGUCCCCGUGGAUCAGCACCCCACUGUCCCCUACGCAGCUGUUGUGUCAGUGCUGCAGUCCAUUCUGUCCAAAGAAGCAUGUAAGAGUGGGAUGCCCAGAGUGGCGGAUCUCAUCCAGACACCGCUGUUCAGUGACAUCCAGCUCCAACACUCAGAAAAACUCCAGAUCAAGGUUCCCAGCAGGUUAAAAGAGGCACUGAAGACGGCAAAGGAGAGUCUGGAGAAGAAGCUGCAGGAGGAGCAGAGAGUGCUGUACCAGCACAGGAGGCUGACCCGAGCUCAGUCCCACCACGGCUCAGAGGAGGAGAAGAAGAGGAGGAAGAUUCUGGCGAGGAAGAAGUCCAGACAGUCAACGUAUGAAAAUGAGGAAGACGUUUCUGUCAGAAACAACAAUAACUCUGGUUCUGGAGCCAGUUCCCCUCCCACUUGUCCGUCCUCCCCCACCCCCCCGUCCACAACAGGAGCCCAGGCUGCUCCUCCUCCUCCCCCUCCACCCCCACCCCCACCCAUGCUGCCCUCCUCCUCCUGCGCCCCCCCUCCUGCCCCCCAGUCCCCCUCAGAUGGAGCGGGGGGAGGCCGUGCUGCCUUGCUGAGCUCCAUCCAGACCUUCAGUAAGGGAAAACUGAAAAAGGCCCAGACUGUUGACCGCAGCAAACCCAGCGUUUGACUCCAUGGACCGACACACGACCUGGGGACCGCCGCUGCAGCAGCACCACGACCUGCUUCUCCGCUGUGGUCUGGAUCUGUUCAUGUGAAAGCAAAGCACUAAAAAAAACCCUCACGUACCACUAAUCUAAAUCUUCUUUUUCUGCUCUAUUUUGAAACUUUUGCUCUGGUUGGAAUCGUGGCCUCAGUCUGUUUUUUUUUUUUUUUACUUUUGACAAUCUUGGGAAUUUGAAGGUUUAUCUUUUCUGACUGCUUUGUCGCUUGAAUCAUCCACCAGGCUGCAGCAUAGACUGAGUGUGAGUGACUUUCCUGGCUUUGGCAACCAGCCUGCCUUUUUUUCGUCUGGGAAAAAUAAAGUGGUCGUAAAUGGAUUGAAUCCACUUUAAUCCUGCUGGGUUCUGAACUUCAGAUUCCUGGAUCCAGAACUAAACAUCCUUAUUCUGAUCUUCGUCAUCUGGUCCGUCUGGAUUCUGAACCUACAACUGGACCAAACCCUUUUGUCCUCCUCUAGAACAUCUUUGACCUUUGACAUGUAGCCUCCACCCUCCGCUGAGACUGAUUCACUGCAGGAUGUCGGUGUCAGUGACUGAUACCAGGAAAACAAUCACCAUCAUCAAGUAAUUUCUGUAUAAAAAUUCUAAAAACAAUACUGAACCAAAAAAACUCCAGUUCUGUUACCAGAAAUCUCCUUGAAUGAUUAUUAUAAAAAUUAAGACAAAUCCCAUGAAAUGGAAUUUUGAAAAAUUCUAUACAUGUAUAGAGUGAUUUGAAUACACAGACCUUACAGGUUUCAUUUAUUAAAAAGUAGGAAUAAGACUAAAUUAUGAUGAUUAUACACAAUUAUGAUUUGAUAAGAAGAGAACUUUGUGGACUGUGAAAAACCACACAAACCUUAGGGACAAACACCUGCUGCUGGUUUAGUUUGCCCUGAAUCAGAAAUGCAGUGUUUUGAUUUUGGUGGUGUUUUCUGCCAGAAUUCUUCAGUCCAGACUCUUUGUUGUGUUGAGCUCUGUGGGUGUGAAGCAGCCUCUGAACUCUCUGCAUGUUGCUCGUAGACCAGAGCAAAUUAAGUCCAGUGCUCACCCCUCGUAUCAGAACGGCCUGAAGAUUAUCUGAAAUGAUAUUUCCUCCACUGUGGCAGGUUUAAAAGGACGUGAACAUGUACCUCUUUGUGUAAAAUAAAUCUUUAUGCUAACUGUAGCUUUUCAUGCUGAACAAUACUGCAGGCUUUAGCCCAUUAAUCUUGCACUUAACCUCCGUUUGUUUUUACAUUUCCUUCCCUGCAGACAGUUGCGGUUAAAUGGUGAGAAUCCAUCAAAGUCCACAAUUAGCUCAGUCAGCUGUUGUUUUAUAACCAUUACUCUGCAGCAGUGCGGUAACCUAACGUUUUACACUUUAUGGUAAACUGUCAUCUGUUUUAUGAAUAUUACUACUUGAAUAUUUUAGUAUGCAUCAUAUUUUUGUCAAAAUGCAUGGAUGUAAGAAUUAUUAAAUGUCUCUAAAAACAAAAGUAUAGAGAAGACAAAAACUGGAACCCUGAGCAUGUGCUGAUGCAGUGAUCGCUGAUUUACAGCCAGACUCACUGAUGCCAUUUGAUUUUUCAUGUGACAUUAACAUUGUGACAGUAACACAGUUUGGGUGAAUCAAGAUCUGCAGUCGUCGGCCGCCUGGAGAGAAGGAAAUCAGCUCUAUUUUAAAGAUGAUGUUGUUACACAGCAGAGAUUUUAUUUUUCGUGCCAUAUGAAUCCUUGUGCCUAUUGAAACCUGAAUGUUUGUAAAACUAUUCUGCAAUCUACCAUACAACAUUACACAAACAGAAGAAUAGUGAGGAUCAUCGGCAUCUAUUUAGCAGGCCUUGGUGAACGGUUUUCUCACUGUAUGAUCAGCAGGUUUACACUUAUCAGAUUUAUUUGGAAAAAGGUGAAAAUAUCAUUCAAGUAUUUCCACAAUGACCUCACAUUGUGUAUUGUGCCACAAACCUUUCAAAUAUUUUCCAGAUGCUCUAUUUGCAGAUGCUAAGUCUAGAUUAUAUUUGAAAUAUUUGCUAAAAAAAGUUGUAGCACUUUUAAGUACAAGGUUUUCCAUGUCUCUCCUCUGAUUUAGCUUUCUGCCUGUUUUAAGACAUCUGCGUUUUGGGUAAAAGCUUCUGACAGCCUGAACCUUUUAUAUUUCAGUGUUCUGAAGUCGUGCUUCUUAACCAGGAACCUCCUUCACCUGUGAGUUCCUGAACAUAACCAAGUGCUCAAGAUGUUUGUGAACACUUUGCUGUGAAUUUAAAGCUCAGAGGAAUCCUGCAUCACUCUGAUCACUAUAAACCAACUUUAACCCCUCAGAGAUUUUUUUGUUCCAAAUUGAUUUGGGUUUUUUCAGUGCAAUCCAGUUUAAUGCAAUGUACUUCUUGUGUUGAGUUGUCAUUACAUUGUAUAAGAAUGUUUCUCCGCAGCACUUUACCCAUGAGGGGUGAAAGACAAGUCUUAGAGGUGUGUUUGUGUUGAUGAAAACAAUUUGCAGAAUAAAUUCAAAGAUGAUGCUCA